AUGCCACCCCCCUCAGGCCCCCCACCCCCCUUCACCGAAGGCUGCCACCGCUGCGGCAAACCCACCGACUCCCUACUCCCCUGCCCAGACUGCAAGCUAGUCCUCUACUGCACGGCUCACCACCGCACCCUCGACGCAAGAAAACACCUCCCGCUCUGCUUCGCCUACACCUCCGCCUACGGCACCUACAUCGCCGAGCGCGACAAGCUGCGCUCGUUCCUCGCCGCCAGCCGCACGGGCAUGAUCCGCGGCGACAGCCCCAGAGACCCCUUCGCCGUUCUCGCGCGCGCCUUCCACACCGUCCCCGAGACGAAACCGUACCUCUGCGCGCGGCGUGAUCUCGCGCACGCAGCGCGCGAUCUGGGCAGUCGCGCAGGCCGCGAUGAGCAGUGUACGCACUACCUCGAGAUCCUGCGCCAUGACGCGCCCGAUGCCUUUGGGGUGCGGUUUCACCUGCCGUACCUGCUUCUCUCUCUGGGGCGGGACCAGGAGUUCUACGACUAUGCGCGGUGGUGGUAUCUUGCGUAUGCGUAUGCGGCGACGGGGGGGCCGAAUGUUGAGAUGCCGUGGAUGGAGAAAGACGGUGAUGUGUUUGAGGAGAUGCAUAUUAAUUCACCGGCUGUUGAGCUGUGGGAGGACGUUGAUAUGCUGGUUUCGUUUAUGGGGUUGAAGAUGAAGCUCUUUCUUGAUUUGAAGGCGUUGCAGGGGGUUACGGAUGCGGCGGUGGAUCGGGUGCCCAGGGGGAUGGUGGAGGCGAUGAGGCCGCAUAUUCCGAAGAGUGCGAUUAUUCUGGGCGAUAAGAAGAUGCUGCAUUGUGAGGAUCAUAGCGGCAGGAUUAAGGUGCUGAGGUGGCAGCUGAGGGAUCUGUAUCGGCAGAUUGAUGAGCUGAAUGAGCAUUUUUGGACGGUGUUUCUGGAAGGGAGGGAGAGCGCUGUUCGGCCGAGUGCACAGGCUCGCUAUGGGCUUGGGAGCAGAGAGGAGGCGGUUGAUGUGUUUGGGAGGUGUAGGGGGUACUUCUAUGCUCUUCCUGGGGCGGUUGAUGCUGUCAAGGAGAUCAAGAAGGACGUUGAUGAGGAAUCGGCAAUCAGUGAUGAUGAGAGUGAACGCGGGGAACCGGUUGGCCCGCCGGUCAAGGUUGAACCUUGA